AUGGAUGACUUGCGUGUCACGGCAACUGCAUACCACGAGUUUCUCCGCCAUGAGACCAAGCUCGCAAUCAAAGCUUUCGCAGAAGAAAUGGAAACCAAAGAAUUUCGUGACAAGAUUAAGUUCGAUGAUUUCUCAAAGUACAUGAGCACCAUCGGUUUCCCGCACUUUGGCUCACAAAAGUUUUUUGAUCAGCUGAGGAGGGAAGACAGAGAUCACUUGGUUUAUGCCGAUAUCGUAACUCUUUUGUACAUAAUACAGAGCGGUAGGCCGUUCUGCCAGGGCAAAGAUUGCGCAAAUAAUAAGCUCAUUAUCACCGGAGUGUAUUUUACUUGUGUCAAAUGCUUCCUCCAACACUGCGAUUACCACUUCAAUGUUUGCCCUAAUUGCUUUUACAACGAACGCUAUGAGCAUCCCCACAAGGAGUUUUUGGAUCCAAUGGUGAUGCUUAGGCUUAAGGCUAAGCAAGACCAAUCAAACGGGGUCAAUAAUAAUAAUACUACUUAUUGCUCUGACAAGAACAUGAACAAGGCAAGUGGCAGCACAUCCUCGGCGGCGAGCAGUUCAAAUGCAAUUGUACCGAAUAAACCACAGCCCAAAACUAAAAAUAAUACAGACCGGGCUUUACAGCUAAUGCAGAUGGCAGUCGGUUUGGGAAAUCUUGUGGCCGCCACAACAACAUUGUGUACCAUUUUGUGAAAAUCAAUGCUUUGCAGGAGAAUUAUA